AUGCAAGGCGAUGUACGGGCCGCGCCAACCCCUUUACCCAUCGUGUCAACGUACACGCUGUACUUCGGAAAGGGUGGCUCCACGACGACUGCACCCAGUGCCUCGCAGACUGUCAGUACACCCACCCCGAGCGCAUCAACGUCAAGCUCAGCACUGCCUCGCUCGACGUCAAGCGCAGGAACAUGCUCCAAGAACAAGCACACCUCAGCUAUCGGUUCACCUUCGUCGUCUGGCAGCCUCGCGUCGACAACCAUCGACCCGAAGAAGUCGUCGUCUUCUACGCCUUCGUCUCCUCGGCAAAGUUCGAUCUUCCCGACCGUAGCACCCGCUGUGCCCACAACAGUUGCUUCAGGGCAGAGAGUGAGCAUCAAUGCUGGAGUCGUGCUGCCUCACAAUUUUGUCAACAAGGUCGAUGUCUUGGUGGCAACGUACAACGGAAUCACGGGUCGAAAGGCACGCCAGGUGGCGCUCAUUCUCAACAACCAGACAAGCGUGGUCGCUAACACAUCUCGAACCGACGCUAUUCUGUCCAAUCUGGCGGAGGCGUACCCGGCGAAUAAUGCGACUUCAGACGGUGCUGCGACAAGAAACGCGACGCUAUUUGACUGGACCACCGACACGAGCGGAGCCAACUCGGCAGCGACGCAGCCCACAAACGGCACAGGUAGUGACGCUAGCGCAGACGCAAAGCUCCCCCAGCAAUUCGUCGUUCAGGCAGGCCGAUCCAACAUCACUCUCCUCUCCAACACUGCCGGCUAUGGUCCGGACCAAGUGCGGCAUGAUCUGCACGUCAUCCGCGAAUGGGCAGGCGAUUUGGACCAGCUCGCCACACGCGCCUUGCUGGACGAGACGGUCGCCGCGAUCAUGUCUGCCUCUGCUCGCUACUAUCCCGAGCUGCCCACACGCGAUGCAGCACGUAUCAUCAUGGCCGAUAUCAAGGCUGAGUCCGAUUUCGAACCGGACAACAUCUCUGGCGGCCGACUCGACUCGGGCUCCAGCUGGGGGCUACUACAGGUCUCUCCCUUCGGUUCCGGCGAGCUGCGGUUGUUUCAACAACACGCUACCGUCCGCAGGAACACUUACUCGUGGAGCGAGCAGUACAACGUCACCACGACACCGUCGACCUUUGGCGCCGGACCGCUGCUCGAUUGGGACACGGGCAAGCUGCUGGAUUUGAAAAGUUUGACCAACGACGACCUCUUCCGCCCCUGGGUCAACGUCCAUGUCGCCACAUGGAUCCAGAGCAACCUAGCGCGGACGUCGAGCCAGGACCCGUACACCUGGCCCGUUGUCUACGCCAACAGCAAUGCUGCGCGCAACAGCGCCAAGAACGCCAAGACGGCAGCGUGGGCGGCCGUCGAUGCGUCUCUCGUCGGCGCCGGGCUGCCGAGGAGCUUCUUGACCGCGCUAGGCAGCUGGGUCGCCGGCCCGGCCGUCGAUGGGUACGGCAGCUACACCCAAUCGGGCGACGAUAUCAGCAAGCCCUACUUCAACAACAUCGCACAGGGCUUGAGCGUGCUCUACAACUCCACGAUCCAGCCGUCCUGGCUCAGCACGCUUACGUUACGGGCUGGACUCAUCGACUACCAUUGA